UCUUCUCCUUCCUUUGCUUUACACCACAGAGACUCCUGUUAGUGAAAUGGCAGACCCUCAGGACAACACUCUGAGGAUUGUACUAGUGGGGAAAACUGGAAGUGGGAAGAGCGCAACGGCCAACACCAUCCUGGGGAGUAGAGACUUUGAGUCUAGAGUUGCUCCCCGUGCUGUCAUCUCCAGGUGUCAAAAAGCAUCCAAGGAAUGGAAGGGGAGGAAACUUCUUGUUGUUGACACCUCAGGGCUCUUUGACACCAAGGAGACCCUGGAUACCACGUGCAGGGAAAUCAGCCAGUGUGUCCUCUACUCUUGUCCUGGGCCCCACGCCAUCAUCUUGGUCCUCCCAGUGGGCCGCUACACAUUUGAAGAGCAGAAGACCGUGGCAUUGAUCAAGUAUGUUUUUGGGGAGCCAGCCUUGAGGCACUUGAUCAUGUUGUUCACUCGCAAAGAUAACUUGGAGGAGCAGAGCCUGAGGCACGUCUUAGCAGAUGCAGAUGUGAAGCUAAGAAACAUCAUCAGCGAGUGUGGGAACCGCUACUGUGUCUUCAACAACAGAGCCUCAGAGGCCGAGAAGGAAGCUCAAGUGCAGGAGCUGGUGGAGCUGAUAGAGGAGAUGGUGCAGAGCAAUGGAGGGGCUUACUUUACCGAUGCCAUUUACGAGGACACAGAGAAGAGGCUGAAGCAACGGGAAGAAGACCUGAAGAAGAUCUACACCGAUCAAUUAAAUAAUGAAAUUAAACUAGUAGAAAAGGAAUAUGCUCAUAAAUCACAGGAAGAACGGGAGGAAAAAAUAAAACGGCUAAAGAUGAAGUAUGCUGAACAAAUAAAAAAUAUCAGGGUAGAAGCUGAGAUGGGAUUAUUUAGAGAUGGUUCAAAUGGGAUUAUAAGGAUGCUUUCACAAAUAUGGCAUAUGUUUUGGUAGUAAAGACCAUUUCAUUUUUUCUUCUGAAUUUACUAUGAUUUGCCAUAGUGGUAGAUUGUAGUUUCCAUAGAUAGCUGUGACAGUAGCUUCUACUUAUUCUUCCUAUAACCUGACCCUGUUACUCCUGCCACUGACUUGCAGGGCCUGUGUCCUCUACCUUGAACUGAGCAGAUGUGGGACUGUUUCAAUUAAUAGCAGAUGGUUGAAGCAACACCUUGUGACUCUAAGGUUACAUAUGGGCAAUGCUUCCUUGCCCUGUUGGGGUUCUUGCCCUUGGAACUUGACUGUCAUGUUGUGAGGAAGCCCAGGCUGCCUCUUGAGAGGCCCCCAUGCAGAGGGCCUGAAGUCACUGGCCCACUUCCCAGCUCACCUUUCAUUUAUGACUCAGACCAACUUGCCCGCCAUGCAAGUGAGGCAACACAGAAGCGGGCCCUCCGGCUGCCCCGCCAUCUCAGACGAAGUUGCAGAAAGCAAAGAUGAUCCAUUCCAGCUGAGUCCUGCCAAAAUUGCAGCUUUAUGAGAACAAAUAAAUGAUGGUUUUUGUUUUUAACCACUGAGCUUCAGAAUGGUUUGUUAUGCAGCGAGAACUAACCAGAAUGAAAGGGCUUCCCAGCUCUCAGUCCCCACCGCCCCCCCUUGCCACCUGUCCCUCUUCACACAAAGUUGGCAUAAUCAGGCAAUGGCAUAUAGAGUUCAAAGACUCAGGAAAAUUCAAAUCAAAAAUCCUGCACAUGUUAAGUGUCUGAACCACUGGUCACAUGCGUCGUUGCACCGCAUGGCCACAAGUACUAUGUUAGGGAGGUAUCGGGUUUCUCUGGAAAGAUUGUUCUGUGGUUCAUGGAGAUCUGAAAGUCACAGGAUUCUCUUAUUGUGUUUCUCUCACUUCUUUUUUAGGGACCAUCCUAACUUAAAAUGUCUCCACUUGUAUCUGAAAAAUCCCAUCUGGGCCACAUAGUCUUCAUUUGCCUCUGCAGAAUCACACUUCACCCAGCUCUUUGCCCCCUGAGGCUGAUCUAGUUGCACUACAUCGGUGGGAUCUCUUGCUCUCUGACUUCUGCCUGGCUGGCCAAAGGGAAGUCCAAGUCAGAGGCCCUGUGGAAGUAGAAAAGCAAGGCUGGGGUGUCCAUUCUCCCACCUCUCUCUCUGCAGGGCCAUCUCUGACUAACUGCAACCCUACGCCAAAGCUCACAGCUCCUCCCUUGGUGGCCUUUCUACCCAACUCUUCUUCUGCAUUCCAGUCUUUCUUCACCCCUUCAGGUGGGACUCAAUUUUCUUAUCGAUACUAUCAACGUCACUGUGGUUUCCAAAUUCCCUGUGUCCACAGUGUGUAAGAGGCCCCUUCUCUAAACUUUCUCCAAGUACCUAAUGAGAGCAGACUAUCUUUUUCCUGUGAGAAUCUGAUUGAAAAAUCUUAUGGUACCUAGUUCUCUUUCAGAGCAUCUUUAUUGUUGUU